UCUCCGAAAAAGGGCAUCUACGUGAAAGGAUGCAUGGCAUCUCGGUGCAGAGGCUGCUAUUCUUUCUGUCCAUCUACUUGUUCGCCUUCCUCCGCUCUGGCACGGCAUUCAGAUCAUCACCAUCUGUGUACCAGAUCAUACGGCCCUGCACAUCGCCAGCAGGCUGUCGCCCCAGCAGAUCACAUGCUCUCAAGUUCGACAAAAGUAGUAGUAGUAGCAGCAGCAGCAGCGACAGGAAGGAGCCAACGCCGGAGGAGGAUAAUGAAGAAGAAACAGAAGAGGUGCGUGAUAGGCACAUGCAUGCUGAUAGACGGAUGCUACACAUCGUCACUGGAGGUGCUGUUUGUGGUAACGUGUCUGCAGGAGAAGCAGGCGGCCAUGAUGGAGAUGAUGGACCAGUCAGUCCAGAAGGCCAUCAUAGAGGCGCGCACAAGGCGCAUUGCCGGCGGUGUGGAGGACCGCGCCACACAGGUUCGUCGGGGCAGAAAGAGGCGCAAGGGCGAGGAGAUGCGUGUGGCACUCACACUCGACCGCAUUAGACGGCAGCAGGAGUACAGCAUGAGGGCAAUGGGGGUUGACACCGACACCGACAAACAGGGCUCGGAGAAACAGGCUGCCGAGACCAUUGCCGCGGCGAUGGAGGCAGCGCAGGAGGCCAUCUCGUUCGGCCAGUAUGCAACGGCCGUACGGCUGCUCAGGUAAUGGGGCAAGAUGCGUCGUGCCAUCCAUUUCUCUGCGGCCAAUACAAUCUGUCUGUCUGUGUGCUUGUGCUUGUGCAACAGGGAGAUCGAGCCCUUGAUAUCCUACGGCACGCAGGUAAAGGCAGCGACACAAACAGCAGAACGACAGACAGGACAUCGUUGUGUGGUGUGUUCAUCAGCUGGGAGGUGAGGCGUAUCUGGAGCUGGCGAUGGCGUACGAGAUGGACGGUCAGCGGGAGAGCGCCAAGAAGACCUACCGCACCCUCAUAAAGCUCAACGGCAGCAGGAACAUCAGGGGCGACGCCAAAACACUCCUCUUCCGGCUCGAGAGCGACGAGCGGCUGCGCAACGUGCAGCUGGACUGGGAGGACGUCGACCCUGAGGUGGCCAAAGCGCUGCGGCAGAAGUACGCCCUCAACAGAGACGACUUCGCCACUGGCCAGUCCAUCGCUGACCUGAUCGUGCCGCGCCGCCGCAGAGAGGAAUAUUCUACUUACGCGUAUCGAGAGGCUGAUGGGUGGUCGUCGGAAACACUCCCUGUGGCGAUUUGGGAACUGGAGAUCGCCCGGGAGAACCUUUUGGCCGCAGCCAAGCAGUCCAAUCCACUGGUGUUCGGGCCGCUGUUCGGCGCACAGCCCGUCUCGCCGACUGAGAUUGUCGAGGUGCAAGAAAGCCAGCACCCACCCCCCAUCGAUAUCUAUUUGUCUGUCGUGUCUGCCUCUCUGCAGGCCCUGCGAUGCGUCAAGCGUGUGUACAGGCGCGAACAGAUGGGCCUGCAGCAGACGGACUAUCUGCGAAUGGGCAGAUCACGCAGCGGACAGGCGGCGAAGGCGCCACCACCAGCAGUAUCAGCGGCAGCGAAGUUGAUUGAGUCGACGGACGAUGAGGGUGAUGGAAGUGAUGGCGGUGAAGACAUCAUGCGGGGUGGGAUGGGGCUGGGGCUGCCUGCGAGGGUGCUGAGCAUCGACGAGGAGAACAAAAUGAUGCAGAGACCUGAGGUGAAUGGACCCACCAGACAGACAGACAGACAGGAGCGGGUCGCACCCGUAUCUCUGGUGACCUACCUAUCUGUGUGUGCAGACGUUAUCUGAGAAGCUGUGCGGCGAGUUUAGGCUGGCCUACACCGCUUCAGGCCCCUCCGGCAUCCAUUUCACCUACCAGAGCGACCAAGACCUGGGUGCGGCGGGGCUCCCGGUCCUCUCACCCGCAGACCCCUCACAGACGCAGCAGCUGCAAGACCAGGCCAACAGGGUGCCGUCGCUGACACUCAGCGACGCCAGAGUGACCACACGGGCCAGACAGGGCGGCAGGCGGACACGUGUGGAGGUGCGGGCGGACUACAAGCUUCCCUUGGGUGUGGUGGGGUGUGCGGGGUUGGCUGGGGAGGGCGUCUAUGCCCCGUCGUCGGGACAUCUGCGGCUGACGUAUCGCAGGGCAUGGGUGGGUGAAUGAAUGAGGGGGUGGGUGAAUGAGUGGGGCGGUGAGGGAGCGGACAAUACAAUACGGUGUGCGUGUCUGUGCGGCUAACCGCACUCAUUGCAAUGCAUUGCAGGUCGAUUUCUUCAACACUGGCGCGAGGCUCUCUGUCCCAACAGCCGGCCUCGUCGGCAACACCAAGUAGGCGUGCAUCCAUCGCAUCCACUCACAUUCACCAGACAGACAGACGUGCAGUGCGUGUAACAAACAUGCCCCUGUCUGUAUCUGGGCGUGUGUGGCUGUGCCUGCCUGUCCGGUCCGUGUGCAUUUAUUUAAAUCAAUCAGGGGUCAGUUGCUGCUGCUCGAUGACCGUCUAAUGGUGACGUCGACAGCCGUGCCAACGAAGCGGUUCGCGCAGAGGUUCAAGGCGAUGCAGGUGAAGGGCUGCAGUGUGUGGUGCCGCCCCGUGGACGCGCCGCUGCCCAGCCAGACGGCCAUCCGCAUCGUACACACACGCGACUGGCUGUUCAGCAAGUAUGGGCAGGUGACUGAGGUGAGCAGUGGUGGUGGUAGUGGUGACAGUGGGGGCAGCCUACCGAUGGCGGCCAGCAAUACCCCUGACAGUGUGGCGGCCGUGGGCGCCUGAUGGGUGAGUGAGGGCGUGUGUGUUGGUUCGUUGGUUGGUCGGCUGGUUUGUUCCGGGUGUACAUAUACACAGCUCUGCUGCCUGAUGGCCGACGAUGGGGGUGUCUGCCUGUCACAGUGCCUUCCUGUCCUUCUCCCUCCCUCCCUGUCUCCCUAACUGCGUGUCUGUCUGCGUGUACGAUAGAGACAUGCCUAAGUGCUCUGUGUGGGUCGUGCAGUUUUGAUCGUUA